UAGCAGAGGGCCAAAGGGCUGGGACAGUAGCUUGCGUAGGCUGAAUACCAUGUUGGCUGCAAGGUAAGUAACUUGAACAUGAGCCGCAUUAGGUAACAACAGUACGAGUCAAGAGUUCCUUCAUCCCGCCAUCAUGCUUGGCCGACGACUGCUCCAAGGCAAACCGUCUUCUUCUCUCUCGACCAUUGCCAGGGCUCUGUCCCAGUCGAACUCGACCGCUGCUACCCCUGCUCCUCUUCCAACCUCCAACCCUCUCGCUGCCCAAGCACCCAACUAUCCAACGGUAUGGUCGCCCAACCAGCGGCCACGCCCGCUCGCACAGUCAAACCCUCGCUUCGAACAGACAGUCAUGGAGACACAGCCAACUCCCUUGAGUGCCAUGCAGCUCAUUGCCGACGAGCCUAUACGUCUCGUGGACGGCAGGAAGGCCGUCUGUGACGGAGGUGCGCCUCUCCAAUUUCUUCCGACGUGUUCCAUUCUUCUCACCGUGCUGCAAUCCGAUUCUUCUAGGUAACGGACCAUUGGGACAUCCGAAAAUAUAUAUCAAUUUGGUGAGUCACCGUGGCCGACUGUGAAAAUUGAGUAAACUGAACAAUGGACAUAGGACCAAUCCGGGCCUCGCUCGUGCGGGUUCGUAGCUUCUUGCACUGACAGCCCUUCGUUACUAAUUGUCUCCUUCAUUAUUCCCAUGUAUACAGAUACUGGUGAGUCCGCUGCAAUGAAUAUAUGAUGCAUCUGUCCUUAUACCCCGAAUAGCGGUCUGCGUUUCCAACAAAAUCACCACGCACAUUGAUAGGAUGUUGAGAAGGACUCUGCCGAGUAGAAUACGG